AUCAUCAACAGCAACCCCAGAAAAAUCCACACAAAUUGAAAUUGCUCUUUCUUUUUCUCUCUCUCUCUCUCUCUAAAUAUCUAUUCUGUGCACAGAGACACCGACCCAUUAAGCCCCACUACUCACCAUUGGCAAACAGAAGAAUCUCUCACCAUUUCUCCAUCUCUGAUCAUCAUCUUCCUCCUUCAACAGAGAGAGAGAGAGAUGAGGAAAUGAACCCCAUAUUCUUCUUCUUUGCCCCCCCUCCCCUCUCUAUCUCUCUCUAGCUUUCCCCCCUUCUCUAUCAAGAACUGCAUAGUGGUCAUAUAAAGAGAGAAGCAGCAUAGAAAAGAGGAGCUAUGACCCCAGAAGACUCCCUUAGAUCCCUCUCCCUGGACUACCUCAACCUCCUCAUCAACGGGCAGGCCUUCAGCGAUGUCACCUUCAGCGUCGAGGGCCGCCUCGUCCAUGCUCACCGCUGCAUCCUUGCCGCCCGCAGCCUCUUCUUCCGGAAAUUCUUCUGCGGCCCCGACGCCCCCGAGCCUUCUUCUGCAGGUCCGUCGUCCUCCUCCUCGCGGACGGCCUUUGGUGCGACCGGUAGGCCAGCCCCUGGGGUUGGGGUUAUACCGGUGAACUCGGUGGGGUACGAGGUGUUCCUCCUUGUGCUGCAGUUCCUCUACAGCGGGCACGCGUCGAUCGUGCCCCAGAAGCAUGAGCCCCGGCCCAACUGCGGCGAGAGGGGUUGCUGGCACACCCACUGCACCUCUGCCAUCGAUCUCGCCCUCGACACCCUCGCCGCCUCCUGCUCCUUCGGUGUUGAGCAGCUCGCCCUACUCACUCAGAAACAAUUGGAGGUCAUGGUGGAGAAAGCCUCAAUUGAAGAUGUGAUGAAAGUGUUAGUAGCUUCAAGAAAGCAGGAGCUCCCUCAGCUUUGGAACACUUGCUCCCACCUCGUCGCAAAGUCGGGCCUCCCACCCGAAAUCCUAUCUAAACACCUCCCUAUCGAGGUCGUGUCCAAGAUCGAAGAAAUCCGGCUGAAAUCAUCUGUUUCGAGACGGUCGUUGAUCAGUUCGCACCACCAUCAUCCCCAUGAUCUGGCUGCAGCAACUGAUCUUGAGGACCAGAAGAUCCGACGGAUGAGGCGGGCUCUGGACUCAUCGGAUGUGGAGCUCGUGAAGCUCAUGGUUAUGGGCGAGGGGCUCAACCUAGACGAAGCAUUGGCCUUGCACUAUGCAGUGGAGAAUUGCAGCCGGGAAGUAGUGAAGGCCUUGCUCGAGCUGGGGGCGGCUGAUGUGAAUUUCCUGGCAGGACCUGCAGGAAAGACACCACUCCAUGUGGCGGCUGAGAUGGUAUCCCCCGACAUGGUGUCGGUGCUCCUCGAUCACCAUGCAGACCCAACUGCCCGCACGAUUGAUGGGAUCACGCCACUGGAUGUUCUGCGAACCCUAACAACUGAUUUCCUCUUCAAAGGGGCCAUCCCUGGGCUGGCCCAUGUAGAGCCAAACAAGCUCCGUCUAUGCCUCGAGCUUGUCCAAUCGGCGGCUAUGGUGAUCUCCCGCGAGGAAGAGAAUGCAAGCAGUUCUUCCGGCGGGGCUGCCGCCAUCAACUACCCAACAAUGAGCAGUGGGAACAUUCAAAUUGACACAAGAAUGGUUUAUCUGAAUCUUGGCGCCACAGGUCCCUCUCAAAUAGGAUCCCGUGUGGAAAACGACAAUACCAGUCCCUGUACCCAGGGCGAGGCGAUUCUGAAUCGGCAAGGAUCACAAAGUCCCAUGGACCCGUCAAUGUAUCAUCAUUCUCGAGAGUAUUAGCUCAAUUUUGAAUGCUAGCUUCCUGCAGCCCCAGCCGGUUUGUGAUCGGAGAUCAAGCUAGAGAACUUGAGAAAUCUCAUAUAUGUAUGACAUCCGGACUGGCUAGAUGAGAAGCAGAAUUACCGACCGAUUCAUAACUGAUCACAUGGAUUUGAUCAUUGGGUCGACUAAUAUGUUCUCUCGUUCUCCAACCGUUGGUCGAUCUCUCCAUUGUGCAUCUUAGAAUCAGAUGAACUUAGACAGGCAAAGAGUUUCAUUGCCAAAUCUCAUGGGGGCUAUAUUAUUCUAUAAUUGACAGGCUUAGAUAUAAUUAACUGUAUGAGUUUAUAUAUAUAUAUAUAUAUGUAUAUUUCUUGCUC